ACUCAGCCUACCAUGCUGCUACCAACGCGUCUUCCUCUUCCACAAUGCACCAUGGGGUAUGAACCCUAAGACGAGAGCUGGUGGAGGAGCCCCAAAAGCUUUUACAAAUUGCGAGUUCCCUUGCCGAUUCGCAACUUCUCGCCAUGAUCUGUGCUAAACCUUCGAUGGAGAAGGAGCAGGAGUUAUCUACUGACUUCCGUGAAUGACGUUGACUCCAGGAAUUCCAUGUGCAGCCGACAGCCACCAUGGUUUAAUGGUUUGGAGUUGCUUGAGGAUGCUAAACAGAAUAAGCAUGUUCUUCCCAGUGGCUGUGAAGGGAUUGACAUCCUUCUUGAAGGUGGUUUUCGCAUUGGUCAGUUGACAGAAAUAGUAGGGCCAUCAUCGUCUGGUAAAACCCAGAUAUGUUUGCGCUCUGCUCUGGGUGUUGCAGACAUGAAUCUGGGUAGUGUUUUCUUCUUGGAUACUUGUAACUCUUUUUCCUCAAACCGCAUCGCAUCCAUGAUUAAUCAACAUACUGCUACUUCGGUUGAAGAGGAUGAAGAAACUAGAGUCAAAAGGAUUAUGAGUAGAAUACUUUGCCAGUCAGUAUAUGACAUAUUUGAGUUGUUGGAUAUUCUGCGGCAACUUGAAAACAGACUAAGCUAUCAGGAAAAAAGUAAUGGAAACAGUAUACGAUUGCUUAUCAUUGAUUCAAUUGCAACUCUCAUAGCACCUAUUAUUGGAAGCAAAAAUUCGCAAGGACGAAUGUUGACGAUAUCAACUGGUAUUCUGUUGAAAAGGAUAGCAAAUGAUUACAAUCUAUCUGUACUGGUAACUAAUCAAAUGGUUGGAGGACAGCGGGGACAUCUGAAGCCUGCUUUGGGGGAGAGUUGGAAGAGCAUUCCACAUGUGCAGCUAUUGCUUUCUCGUGAUAAAGGGAACACAAUUUGUGGCAUUUCGAUAUUAAAGCACACGACCAUUGGUUCAGGUCGCACAGGAAAAUUUGUUAUUCACAAUUGAAGCUGACUGAGAGCAAGUAUCGAUAGGCAUGAAAGAGCUGAGGAGAAAAGAUAGCUUGACGGACAAACAAACGAAUAUAUCACUGAAUGAGUUCCAGCUAACUGCAAUGUAUUGGUUAGAAGUGCAGACCUUAUGCUACUAAUCUAAAUUACCUUUGGAGAUCAUGAAAUUCACGUUCAGCUGGAGUUCUUACUUUAAUUGUGAAUAACAAGAAGAAUAGCUAUUCUUAAUGGUACAAGGUCUGUUAACAGGAGGAUAUAUCUUAUUAAAAGGUUGUCUCUGUUAAACUUUAGCAUGGAUUCCAAGUUGUUGAUAAAUCAUAUGCUAAAAUCCUUGACUGGUUGUUAUGCACAUCAUGAAUAGCAAGAUUUGAAGGUGGACAAAA